CCUCUAGCGCACUGGCACGCCGUCCAGGCGUCAGUGGUUAGUUGGUACUUGUCGCUUCGCCCCAGUCCCAUCGUUUUGUGCCUUCAGCUGCCGCCUGUCUCUGGUCGCCUCUUCUUUUCGGCACCGCUCAACUCUACCUCCAUCCAGGUAUUACGAUCCUUCUAUGGCCCGUCCAGCCAGGCUGAGACAGCCGUCUGCUGCCACAAAGACCCUUUCAGGGGGAGCUGUUGCUGCUGUUGCUGGUGA